UUUGGUUUCUAUGGGAACAGAGUUUGAUGCUGACUGAAUUCAACUCAAAAAGUUAAAAUAGGGAUAUUUGGAAAACUAUUUACAAGAUGGAGAGCAAAUUCACCCAGAAUGACUUGCUGGCCCACAUCAAUCAGUUCUGGAGUGUGCUGGAUGAUAUGGCAGAGAACAACCCUGAGAGUUAUCAGAAGUUUAUUCAACGACACAUAAAGGAAGGAAAGAACGUUAUGUCCGCUCCAGAGCCACACUUGUGUCUUCAAACAAAAAUAUUGGACCCAGAAGAGAGGGUGCUAUACAUUAAUAUCUGCAGGUGGCACAGGGUGCCAGCACCACAAUCUGAAGCACACCCCGUGCCUCUCAGUUCUGGGAGACUGGAGAUCAUGUCAGAAGAAGCAGUCGCUGAUAUUGCGUAUAAUCCGGAUGUGCUAAAGAAAGCAGAGAAAGAUCAUGUGGAAUUAGAUCAACUCAUCCGCUUAGCAAUAAAAUAUAUUGAACAGCACCAUAGAGUCACCCUCUGCCACUCCUAUCACAUUGCUCCAUUCACACUGAGGGGGACCUUGCAGAGGCUGAAAGACAAUUUACUGGGUGUACAGAAAAACUGUGCCGCCAACAAGCCAGAACCCAAGCCAGCUGUAAACGAGUCACUGUUGGAGCAGCUGAAAAAUAUAACGGUGAAAGGAGAAAAGGAAGAAGCAGCUAGCCCACCUAUACAUAUAACCAAAGCGGACAGGCCAGGAUCUGCCAGACCUUGUUUAAUAGAAGAAAUUUCCAGUACAGAACAUCAGGAGGAAGAAUUACUUAGUGCUCCCCACCAUGAGUUGUCUGUAACUAGGGAUCAUUCAGGGAAACCUCAGAUGCUGAUACUUAAAGCUGAGCUAAAAGGUGUGCUCUCUGUUUCACAGUGUGAUCUGAGCGUGUCCCAGGACGACUUAAUGCUUGAGGUCUCCGAAAGAUACAGAUUGCACUUAACUCUGCCAGAAAUUGUCAAUGAAGAAACUGUGAGAGCAAAAUACAACAAAGCAAGGCAGGUUCUCACUGUAACAAUGUCAGUAUUAUAGCACACUGCUGGCAUCUUAUUUAGUUACUAGAUGUGCACAAAUCUGUACAGCGCUUCUGCAGCCGUGUGCCACUAAAUACAGAUCAUGUGCUAUUGUAUUGUCUGUUUAUUAUGUACUUGUUAGUUAUGCAGUUCUACAGCCAACUGCGCACCACUAAAUACAGAUCAUGUGCUAUUGUAUUGUCUCUUUAUUAUGUACUUGUUGGUUAUGCAGUUCUACAGCCAACUGUGCACCACUAAAUACAGAUCAUGUGCUAUUGUAUUGUUUCUUUAUUAUGUACUUGUUGGUUAUGCAAUUCUACAGCCAACUGUGCACCGCUAAAUACAGAUCAUGUACUAUCGUAUUGUCGCUUUAUUAUGUACUUGUUGGUUAUGCAAUUCUACUGUAUUUAAUACUCCUUCACAUACAACUUGCAAUUAAAAAAAUUCAAGCUUAUCAAAUGUA